AUGAAGUUGCAGUUCGACCUGGUUGACUAUGGGACGACCAUCAACCGCAACCGCACCAACGACCUCCCACCAAAUAGCUUUGAAUCUAUCAAAACGACGGUCUGGGCCUACCUGGAGACGGUCGCCUCCCCUCGCGCGUGGGGUCGCGCUGUCCCUGUCGCUGAGGGGCAGUGGGACAACUACAUUGAGAGCCCCGGUUCCGCCAUGUUCUACCUGAAGACGGUACUGAGCGGGUACGAGUUGAUGACGGACGCGUUCGCCAGCACCCGCAAGAGCGAUAACGCCCUCGUGUGGGGAUGGACUGUGCAGACCAGCAGCUUGAUCUCCAACGAAGCCUUCGAGGCAAGUCACAACCGUAACAUUCGGAAAGUCUCCUAA